GCCAACAAUUUCAUAUAUAUUUCUGCAGGGACUCGCAAAUGGACAUCGCAAAUUCAAUCAUUGGUUUUGUGAAGGAUUUUGGUCCUACAGUUCGAAAAUAUGUCAAGUAUCAGAUACAUCACAACACUUCUGUGAGUGAAUUCCAAAAAAUGCAAAAGCGACUGAAGGACCGACAAGAUGUCAUUGAGGCAAACUUGAAGACACAGCUUAAGCAGCCCGGAAAGAUUACUAAUAAGGAAGUUGAAACUUGGCUAGAGGAAGCGCGCCAAGAAAUUGUCGAAGAGAUGAUUGAAGAUCUGAUCUGCAAAGGAGGCUGGGAGAAAUACACUAAUGAUGGUGUAAGUUUGGUCAUAGAUGAUCACUCAAUCCAAUAUUGUGCGAGUGUAUUUGAAGAUAAGCAAAAGGAGGUGAAGCACCAAAGGGAAAAAAUUGAGGCAAAUUUGAAGACUCAGCUUAUGCAACCUGGAAAGAUUGCCUGGAAGGAAGUUGAAGACUGGCAGGAGAAAGCAAGCCAACAAAUUGCCAUGAAGGUUGAAGUUCUAAUCAGCCAAGGGGAAUGUUCCUCAUCAACCAACAUUGAGCAAAAGAUUGAAGAACUGAAGCGAAUACUUGAGAAAGGAAAAGAAUUCACUAAUGAUGGUGUGAGUUUGGUCAUAGAUGGUCACUCAAAAAAAGGAGUUACACUGCUUCUUGAAAAAUGCAUUGCACGGGAUGAUGUACAAGAAGAAAUUCUGCAACUGUUAAGGGGAGACAAGGUUACAAGAAUUGCAGUUUCUGGAAUGGGUGGCGUGGGCAAGACAACAAUCAUGAAGCAAGUCCAUAACCAACCAUUGAAAGAACCCAAAUUUGACAAAGUUAUUUGGGUUAAAAAUCAAAGGACUUUGAUAUGGUUGUCCAGCGAAAAAAACAGUUUGAUAUUCUCAGGUUUUAGAGGAGCAUUGCAACAAAAUUGGGAUUAGAUUUGAAGAAUGCAAAUCAAGAUGCAACAGAGCUUGCAGGAUUGAUAUUAGAUACAUUGCAACAGUAUAGUUGUGUGUCAAUUCUGGAUGAUGUAUGGGAGCCUUUUUCUCUAGAAGAUGUUGGAAUCCCUGAUCUAGUUGGAAAUAAUGGUUGCAAUUUAGUGCUCACAAUAUGGUUACAACAAAAGGUUGCUCGUGCAAUGGAGUGUGAGGUGAUCCAUGUGAAGCCUCUUCCAGAUGAUGAAGCAUUAGAAUUAUUCUUAGACAGAGUUGGAAGUGAGGUGUAGUCCUAUCCUAGAUACAAAAGUGAUAUAGAGCCAUUUUUGAACAAAUUUUGAAGAAAUGUAAUGGUCUACCUCUUGCUAUUGGGGUAGUGGCAAAGACCAUGAGAGGGAAAUUCGAUCCUUACUCAUGGGAGACUGCAGAUAAAGAAUUGAGCAAAUCUGAAGAAAUUGUUGAUUGUUUGAAAUUCGGUUAUGAUCACUUAGAAGAACAAUACAAGAAAUGUUUCUUAUAUUGUGCAUUGUAUCCUGAGGAUCAUGAAAUCUUAAAAGAGGAGUUGAUUGAGUUUUGGAUUGAGGAGGGAUUUAUAAUAAGAAGAAAGGGGAUCU